UUUACUUUAGUUCAGCUAGAACGUGUCAAUAAUUUCACAAUUACGGAGAGAAAGUGGUCCCCAUAAUCGCAUAUGUUUUGAAUUGGGCCUAGCUUCGUAGCCUCGCGUUCAAUAUAAUUAUGCCGACUUCUGUGGCAAUGCUUCGCAAAAGCCAAAUGUUUACAUAUGAGAGGCGUAUUUGAAGAGACUGAGAACUGGACUUUUAAAAUGUAUUGAAUCCAUAAUCUAAAGUUGUUCGACAAGAUUCAGCCAGAGAAUAGGAAGUGAUUAAGAAAAACAUAUUUAAUAGCAAUAAUGGAGAUACCGCUUUCCAACCUAUUGCUGUUAUGCAUAAUAUUUAUUGUUAUCGGGGGCGUUAUAAUGCUGCUGCUGCAAUAUUUAAUUUACAUUAAGUUUGCCAAUCUGCCCGACGAGAGUGAGGAGCAAAAGGAGAUAAAUGCGAAAUAUACGCUGCCCCUGAACAUCAAACAAAAGGCACGUGACCUUAAAACCGCGCCAGCGGCGAUAAAAUCAAGUGGCAGAUUGGCAGGCAACAGUUGCGAGAACCAUCAAGAGAACUUACAGGGCACAUCCGCUUUGAUUUCCCUCAACUUUGUGAUGCAGUUCUUGUUCCAUGAGUUCAAGAACUCGAAUCGUGUGCGCAAAUGGUUUUAUCGCAAGCUAUCCACCGAAUUGGAUGAGCUGAUAUCGAAGACGACAACAGGAAAGCUGUUGGACAAGUUAACUAUCAAGGAACUUGAGCUCGGUGAUCAGUUUCCCGACAUUAGAUCUCUUUCUGUGCACAACGUAGAACUGGAUGAGAGAGAGCAGCGUAUAGAGAAUUUAGACUUGUUGCUGGACAUCAAUUACGUUGGCAAUUUUUCCACAUCGAUUGAUGCCGAUAUGGUGCUGGGAAAAAAGGGUUCUAUAACCCUCAAAGUCAAACAACUGUCGGGGAUGGCUCGUUUGCAGUUCACCCGGAAGCCGUACACGCACUGGUCUCUUAGUUUCUUGGGUGAUCCCGAAUUGAAUCUGGAUAUCGAGUCUAAGUACCAGGGACGACAAAUGCAAUCAAAUAUAACCAACUUGAUAUCGAAUCAAAUCCGCAAGGCUGUGCGUCGAAAACACACAUUGCCUAACUAUAAGCUGCGCUACAAGCCCUUCUUUCACUGGACCGCAGAUGAAGAUGCCAGCGAUAGCGACAUACAGCCCAAUGGGUUGCUGACGGUGCGCGUGGCCGAGCUAUCCCGACUAAUGCCCUCCCCAGAAACGACUGAUAUCUAUUGCACCAUAACGCUGGCGCCGGUGCCCUUCAUUGAGGCGCAUCAGAAGGACAAUCGCCAUGUGCUCAUCUCCAUCGAUGUGAUCAUACACAAGGCCAAGAAUCAGCAGAUUGGCAUUGUCUUUAAGCAGAGCACAAGCCAGAUAGUCAAGAUUGAAUCGGUGCUGGCCAAUACGCCGGCCUGCAAGUCCAAUCUGCAGGCUGGCGAUGUUGUGCUCUCCAUUGAGGGGAAGUCUGUAGCGACCAUACAGCAAAUAGCUAAGGCGGUGAAGAGCCUACAGAGCAAUGUGUUCUGCCUGCGAAUUGAACGCCUCAUUCCGGGCAUUAUACGCAACGAUGCCAUACUGGAGGAUCUGGAGAAGUAUGACGACCUGUGUGAUAUGCCAAUGUCUUAUAGCGGCAGCACCACAACGAAGCCGGAUCUCGACGACGCACCUGUCGAGCCCAUCACCAAGCUGUUGAUGGUGAAGCAGAGCUCGGCGGAACGUCGCACCUCCAGUGAGUCGAGUGUCGGCAACACGCCCACCAGUUCCCCCAAAAAGGCCAAGUUCAUAGCCAAGGCGUUGAAGAAAACCAUGAGCCGGGACAGCAGUGAUAAGCACAAACAUGACGGGAAUGGCGGGAAAGCCUCACGUGCGGAGGACAAAGCGCCCACCAUGACCCUUCCGGAGCGAGCCGAAGAAGUCUAUUAUUUCUAUCAGCAUUCGACAAUUGAUUGCCCAUUCAGCGCGUUGAUCCACAUGGACGACUUGAGCAGCUAUAAGCUAGACGCUAACAGCAGAUAUCUUAAUAUAUGUGUCUAUGGCAAGUGUGCGGGCGAGAGCAUGCUGCUGGGCUAUAACAAUGUACAGAUCGGUCAGAUAUUGGGCGAGUGUUGUGAGACUAGCUUGAAUCAAAGCCUCAAGCAGAUAGCGCUGAGUCCGCCGGCUGUCCAAGCCAUUAAGCCGCAUGUGCUUUCAAAUCAGUCGGGUUUCAAUCCGAAUCUUUGUUUUGGUGACAUUUUGGCCGGCUUCUCAUGGUUUGGCAAUCCAAAUUUGUCCAUUAGUGAGGCAAAUUCAAAGCUGGCAGCCAAAGGACAACAAAACAAUCAGGCAGCUAAGGAGAAGGUACAGGACGAUGGCAUAAGCGUUUCAUCAGCGACAGCGGAAACUUCCUCCUUGAAAUCCGUCGGCAAUUUCAUGGACAGCACCGUACCUGUAUCCUCGACAUCAACUCCAGCGCCGCGGGCCCACAAUUUUGUGCGAACACAUUUCCAGAGAGCCACUCAAUGCGAUUUCUGUGGAAAGAAGAUUUGGCUCAAGGACGCAAUGCAGUGCGGCGACUGUGCCAUGUGUUGCCACAAAAAGUGCAUCGCCAAGUGCCAGAAUGCCACUGUUUGUGGACCCGUCGACUGCUCGACCUCCUUGUCCUCGGUGUCCUCGGUGGCCUCGGUGUCCGACGUGGCAGCGAGUGUUGUACCCGCAGCCGCAAAUCCAGAGUUCACAAUAACCCAAGCGGACAAUAUGGAGCUGUUGGAGCCCAAGAAUGCGGCCCCACCAGAGGAUCCAGCCGCGCUCCCAGAUGACUAUAAGAGUCAGGCGGCUGCAGCGAAUCUGGAUGUGCAUCGAUCCAGUCUUACCGGCCUCCUCGCUCAGGGCAUCAAACGCGUCAAUUCAGCAAGCAAUUUGGAUAUUCCGGGAAUUGUCUCUUCAUUUACCGGCAAUACUAAAAGCCUGCCACCGAGUCCACAGCACACACCCACACGAAAAUCGUCUAUAGAGGAUCCCAUGCAAAAUCCGUUCGAGCUCGUCACGCAGCAUUUAGAGGCACUUCCUUUGGAAUGCACAACCCUCAGUUUUGAACAGGUCCUUACCAUCGCCGAGCCAAUUUUACGAAAUCCGCGCAACGAGGACUUAAUGAACCUGGCCAAGUCGUCGAGUAAACACCUCUAUGCCAAUGUGCCGCCCGAUAGGCGUGUGGAGAAAAUAAAUGAAUUGCUAAUCAAAUUAAGGAUUGCACUGGAUGCCGAAACCGAGGGCCAGGCAAUGCUCAGUGAUGCGGGUCUCUGUCUGGCAACCACACCCAGUAGACCCGAAGCCGAAGCCCCAUGGAAAUCAAUGAUAUGUGUGGAGAAUAAGUCCGAGGAGCGCGUCCAUGCUCUCAGUAUAAUAAUGUUAUAUUUAUGUACGGGUCUACAGCACGCACAGGGUGUGGUGCUGCAGUAAAUCUACUAUAAGUACGUGUACAAGUAUUGUGGCGGGCGUGGCAAUACGAUUAGUCUAUUACAUUGACUGCAAAUGUGUUAGUGAACCUAUGGAAUUACAACUGUACUUUACAUUUUAGCCCAAUGGUUUCGUUCUAAGUAGUUGCAUACAUACAAGUAUAUAGUACAUACACGUGUACAUACUAUACUACUUGUACAUACUUGUAGUAUAGUACUAUGUACAAUAUCAGGACAUAUCGUACGUACGUACAUAUGUGCCACGCUUAUCGAAACAGUGUUAUGUGGGGAUUUUAAACGAUAGCAUUGUUGUUCUUUUUUUCCUUGCUGAAUAUAAUGUUUUACUUGAACUUUACUGUCUGUAUUUUAAAAUAAAUCAACAUCAAAUAAA